AUGGCCGAACGGCAAGGUGCGGAGGACGCGGCCGCGUACAGCAUACGACCGAACUUCAAGCAAAAAUUCCGGCCAGCAGUCGUGAACAAGAUAAUACACCAGGUGCUGGUUGACCGGCUGACUGGGGCGCAGUACUCGGCGGAAACCUGUGCGCAGUGGACGAAAGAGAUAGCGGAUGAUGUCAAGAACCGGCUGAAAGAGCUGGAUUAUCCAAGAUAUAAGUAUGUGGUGAACGUCAUGAUUGGGGAGAUGCGAGGAGAGGGGAUAAGAAUGGGAUGUCGGUGCUUUUGGGAUGCGGAUACGGAUAACGUCGCGGAAGACACUUUCAUCAACGUUAGUAUUGGCGAGAUCGCAACUCGGAGCAAAUCCGCUUGUGCACCUCAGCUGAACACAUUUCUCCGCCUCCUUUCCUGCAGGAUUCAUUAUUCUGCGUGGUAG